AUGUCGGUGCCGACAAAGAACAAACAUGCCACAAGCUCCAACAUCGUCGCGGACGUCCCAUUAUCGAGUCCUCCCAAAAAGCGAAAACGCGACACCGAAGGCAUCGAGUCCUCCAAAAAGAAGAAAAAGCCGCGGACAGGAGAAGUCGCCGAACCUCCAGCUGCCGUAGCGGAACCCCCCGUGGAGAACAAGGAGAAGAAAAAGAAGAAGAAGAAGCAGAAACAGAAAUCCGAAGACAAGAACGAUGCCGCUGCACGAAGGGUGGAAGAGGAGGAAGAGGUGCCAGUGUCGCCGGACAUGGAACCGAGAGACGAAGACGCCGCCGAGGGCGACAUGGAGUCGAUUAUGGAGACAGACACAGCUGGCCUGAAUGGCUCAGAAGAAGUCGACGAAGCAGAAUUGAUGUUGCUGGAAUCCGAAGACCCUAGCUCCUUCUACUCAACCCGCCUUUCACUCUACCUCUCGAUACCUGCGGUCUCACUGGAAGCUGCCAAGUCGUCCAUACUUGCAGCGCACCUCGCGCCGUUACUUCUGACAUACUUUCCUCCUGCACGAGGCAUUGUUCUGGGGUUCUCCGACCCGGUCUUGUCGGCCCAACCGAACUCCGGCAUCAAUCUUCCGCUCCUCCCUCCCCAAACCGGUGACAUCGAGGCACAAGCAGAAGUACUGGCGGACACAGCUGACGAGUUUGGGGUAUGUUGGGUCUGGCUCACCGCCACCUUUCUCGUGUUUCGACCUGAAAGAGGUGACGAACUGUACGGAUGGACGAAUGUGUCAUCAGAGGGCUUCGUGGGCCUGGUGAGCUACAAUUAUUUCCAGACGGCCAUCGGCAAGACUCGAAUUCCUGCAGAGUGGACAUGGAACGGGCCGAGCAGGGAACAGCUGCAGAAAAACAAGAAGGGCAGAAAGGGUCGACUACGAGACGAGAACAGUUUGGACGAUGGGGAGGAGCACGGCACACAGGAGACUUCAAUCACAGCAGUGGAGGCACCUUCCUCACAACCCCUAUUGGUCGAUGACGGGGGGUAUUUUACCGACGCGAGCGGGACGAGGAUUAAAUCGACGCUGAAAUUCCGCGUGGCCGAUACAGAAAUAGUUCCGGCUCAUGACAGGCACAAAUGGUCCUUGCAGAUUGACGGCACUCUCCUGGACGACGAGGCUGAACGGAACGUGCUGGAGGAAGAACGCGGGAAGUUUGAGCGCGCACAGGAGACCAGUCGAUCCCGGUCACUGGGAGGAGAGGAUGCACCGGUGAUGAGUGGAGCGUUGAGCAGAUCGCUGAGCCGGGAAGGAAGCGUUGGGUCGAGGAUAUCCGGACACACGCCGGCCCGGCAUCGAGUGACUUAUUAG